AUGGGGCGCUCCUCUCUGGCCGACAUGGAGCCCACGCUGAUCCGUAACCUGUCCGACCACCACGGCAACAACCUGGCGCACGUGCUGGCCGCCUGCGGCCACGUGGAGGCGCUGGCCUGGCUGGUGGGCACGUGCGGCCACGUGCUGAGCGAGGCGCUGGCCGACGAGAACAAGCACGGCAUGACGCCCAGCGUGGCCGCCGUCCGAUGCGGCAAGCUGGACGUGGUCCAGUGGAUGGUGGAGAACACCAUCAUCCGAGACCGGUUGCUGACGCGUGAGGGGGAGCGAUCGUUGCUCCACGCCGCCGCCAAGUACGGCCAGGUGGAGAUCACCUCCUGGUGCGCCGACCAGCUGCAGCGCGAGGGCCAGGGCGUGGACCUGGCCGACCACCACGGCGACACGCCGCUCCACCUGGCGGCCAAGACGGGCAACACGGCCGUGGCGCAGCGGCUGCUGGAGAGGAACGCCAGCGUCACUGCCAGGAACGACAUGAGCCUGAAGCCGUAUGAGCUGGCGGUGCACCACGGUCACGCCGCCUGCGCCGAGUACCUGCUGACGCACGAGGCGCUCGGCGACCUGGCCGUCGACUUCACCAGCUUGGAGGCCGAGGCCGGUCGGCUGCAGCACGAGAACGGCGACUACAAGAACAACUUCCGGGAGGAGCCGGCCGACGAGCCGCCCGAGCAGCUGGACGAGGCGUCUGAACUGGCCAACACGCUGCACGUGCGAUGGCAACACUGCCAGCGCGCCUGGUUCUCCGCACCGUUGGCCGACACCCAGCACCGGCUGCUGGUGGCCGAGCAGGCCUGGAAGCGACUGCGCGCCUCGCGCAAGGACAACGUCAGCAGCAUGACGAGCGCGCAGGAGAUCGUCAGGAACAAGAUCGGGGACCUGCGCGCGCAGUCGGCGCAGACGCGCUACCUGGACUCGCGGGCGCUGUCGUCGUCCGAGAACUCCCUGGUCGACUCGGAGUUGUACCAGCAGAUCUCGCCGCAGCGGCAGGAGCCGGCGGCCAGCGAGAUCUACGGCGCCAAGUCGCUGGAGGGCAGUGACCGGCGCGGCCAGAGCGUCGACAAGAUGGAGCGACUGAGUGUGAGCGUGACGGGCGGUGGCGCGCCAGCCGCCUCCUCCGCCGGCGGCCUCUCGCGCAACCUAGACCUUAGCAAGAGUCUGGACUUCAGCGACGGCGCGCUCGAUGGCGGCGGUGACGAGGUGCACAACUCGACGUUCGCAGCGCGGCCGCGCGGCGGCGGCGCGCCGGACGGCGCGCAGGACGAGCUUCGGCGACAGCUGCGCGGUCUGGCACUCGUGUCCGACUCAGGCUCGGCAUCGGUGCUCGAGGUGAUUGAGCCGACCGGCAGCGAGGCCGGCAGCACGGUGGACCUGGUGCAGCGCGAGAUCGAGGCGCAGCGGCGCGCGCGGCAGGCGCGCUCCCGGGACUCGUCGCGCUCGCGUGAGCGACGCCAGGAGCCGGCGGCUGGUGACACGGCUAAGCAGCUCGACCAGGUGCGCGCGCGCAGGAGCACCCCUAAUGAGGACGACAGUGAUUUUUUAGGACUUCGGACUGGCAAACCGCACCGGUCGAGAGUGGCGAGUGAGGCGGCCAAGUGUAGCGCGUACGGUGACGGAGUGAGGCGAGCGCACGCGACGGCCGACGGCCGACGGUCGGACGGUGGUGCUAGUCUGGCUAGCCUAGUGCUCUCGGAGCCAGACAUCCUGCAGGGCACACGGCACACGUUGGACAGAGCGGAGGAGGCGUCUCCGACGGCCCGUCCCGAGCCGGCCGAGCCCGUGGCGGUUCCCGGACAGGAAGAGACAGCCGCUGAGGAGCCGGACCGCGUGCUGUUCGAGCUCGAGGGCGGACGCGCCCCGGCGCCCGACGCCGCCGCGUCAGGCGGCAAACGGCGCGGCUUCCUGCAAAAGUUCGCCAUGCGCACGCGCUGGAACAGCCGCAAGAAGGAGCGGCCGUGGCGAGCCGGCCAGGAGAUCAGUGUCGAGGAGUUUCGCGAGAUGUACCAGCAGGAAGGGCGCGACGUGUCCGUCUCGUCGCAGGACCUCAGCGCCUCGGAGGCCUCCUCGCUGGAGGAGAAGAAGCGGCUCUCGCUGGUGUCGCACGGCGAAGGCGCCUCGCUGUCGGAGGCCUCCGACGCCGAGCACCGGUCCAAGCGCGCUUCCGUGGCGUCCAAGCGAGAGAGCGACUCCAACGAACCGCCCGAGUCGCCGCACAAGGAAGCGGCGGCGGCGGCGGCAGCCGGCAGCGACCCACGAUCACCGGCCGAGCCGCCAGCGGACGAGGUGCCGCGGCCGGCCUCGUCCGCCAGCCGACCCGACUCGUCCGCCUCCACCUUCCCACCGUACAAGGGCUUCGCACUGGCAGGGGCCGGCGCGCUGGCGUCUGAGCUGCUGCCGCCUCCCGAGGGAGGCGCCGCAGGCCGCCACAGCCCGGCGCCCAGCGAGGCCAGCAAGACUGAGUCGGCGCUGUCGCCGCCCUCGCACGCGUCGGACGUCUCCAAGACUGAGUCGACGCGUCACCUGAACCAGCUGGACAAGAUCGAGGAGCUGCGCGCCGAGUCGGUGCAGAAGCUGGCGGCCGAGGCCGAGGAGACAGCCGCGGCCGCGCCCGAG